CUAGGGAAAUCUAAAGUAUAAGCCCCAGAACAGUAAACAAGUGCACGGUCAAAACCAUGUAAUCAAGAUGAAGGCCUCCUCGUACUGAGAUUACACACCCCAUUGCCUCCAAUCACAGCCAAGGACGGCGGGAACGCAAGUUCAGAGUCAUCUGAUUUUGAACGGAUUGACAAAGCAUGGCUAACAAUCCAACAGAAAUCAAGAACUACAUGGGAUUUAAAAAGUCAGCUUUAUUUUUGUGCCUUGGAUUUGAGGUAGAUUAAAUAAUUGAAAAGGCUAGGCUAUUAGGUCAUGAUUUCUGUGUUGCAGCUGUCUAGCACAAGUUGACAGACACUCUGCAAGGCCUGUUGAUUUAAUAAGAGAGGCAUAGGAAAUCUCCGUGGGUAGCAAACGAGCAGUCAAUGAAUCUGAAAAGAAACAUGAUUGAAUGGGGUGGGGGAACUAGCCAGCAUUUAUAAAGCUGUGAUUAGCUGGAGGUCCUAUGGCAGCUACAGUUGUGUUUUCUGAAUAAGUGCAAUAAUGCAUAUGCAGCAGUGAAGUAACUUUGCUACAGAGAGUUAUUGCUUCACAUAAAACUUGAACUGAGACCUGCAAGCUCGACAAGUGAACAGCCAUGAAAGGUUCACUGCUUUUGAUUUCAAGUGUCAUCUUGCUAACAGAUGUGCUGAGUGGCUGUCCUCCAAAAUGUCUGUGUAAUCGCUUUUUAAAGACAGUGGACUGCAGGAAUCAAGGGCUUGUUGAAGUUCCUUCACACCUACCUGCUGAAACUCAAAUAUUGCUGUUGUCAAAUAAUCACAUUCAGAAAAUCAGUCAAAGUGCUUUUGUUGACACUCUGGCCCUCAAAAUCCUGGAUUUAUCUAAUAACUCUAUCACGGGUCUGUUGCCUGGCACAUUCAAAGAACUGCAACAUCUACAGAUUCUAAACCUAACGAAGAACUUCAUUGAAUAUGUAGACAACAAAACUUUUAGUUCACUUUCACGCCUAAAAGAGCUGGAUUUAUCCUCCAACAAUAUAUUAAGUAUGCCCGGAACUCUGGGAAAAAAUACAGGGAACAUAACUUUAUUGUCUAUGAAACAUAAUAAACUUCAGAAAGUAGACAGACUUCUGUUGGAAUCACUCCCAAACCUGAAAGUUGUUCUCUUUAAGGGUAACUUCUGGCAAUGCAAUUGUCAAGUCUUUGGCCUUAAAUUGUGGCUGGAAAGUUUUUUAUAUAGAGGAGGAAUUAGUGACAGUAUCAUCUGCUCAACGCCUGAUCAUCGGAAGGGAAAAGACCUCCUGAGAAUUCCUUACGAAUUGUAUGGAAUCUGCCCUCCUACAGCUUCCGAUGUCCAUCAGGCCAAUGCUCUUCACUAUACUUCUGAGCACAAAAGUUCUCCAAAGCUCGGCCAUCACAAUGAACACGGAGGAGACAGCAGCCGCUCACACUGUGAACCUAAACCAAAGCCACGGCCCGUUAGCUUGCGUCAUGCAAUUGCAACUGUAGUAAUAACUGGAGUGGUCUGUGGGAUUGUAUGUCUCAUGAUGUUGGCUGCUGCUGUGUAUGGUUGUGCUUAUGCUGCAAUCACUGCAAAGUACCAACGUGAAAAGAACCCCUCUGGCAAGGAGAAAAGGAGUCUUGAGGAAAAAGAGUCGUUUGAGAGGUCAUUGGCUUGAGUUACUGAUUGCUAUGAGCUUUCAGAAACAUAUACUACUCCCCUUGCUCAACAAGUUAAAGGAGUUGAGUCGGAAUAUGGCUGAUUUAUUAGUUCCACAUUCAAAAAUGUUUGCAUAUAACUACAGGGGUGCCAACAAGAUUUUUCUGUCCCCUGGUAUACCAUAUGCAAGCUGUACUUGCCAAA